UAUUUAAAAACUCAUCUGAAAAUUAUCAGCUAUCAAAUCUAAUUUUUUUUUUUUUUCCAGGAAAUGUGUUUUUUCCAGGUAGCUCUUGGAGUAGUAAAAUGACCUUUCACAACCAUGUUUCUAAGUGGCUGGUGUUUUUUCCUAGUGUAGGAAAAAUGAUGAUGGGGACACAACUGUUGUUGUUGAAAAGGACCAUUUUAUGGAUGAUUUCUUCCAUCAGGUCGAGGAGAUCAGAAACAGUAUAGCGAAAAUAGCUCAGUAUGUCGAAGAAGUGAAGAAAAACCACAGCAUCAUUCUUUCUGCACCAAACCCAGAAGGAAAAAUAAAGGAAGAGCUUGAAGAUCUGAACAAAGAAAUCAAGAAAACUGCCAAUAAAAUUCGGACUAAGUUGAAGUCUAUUGAACAGAGUUUUGAUCAGGAUGAGGGUGGAAACCGAACUUCUGUGGAGCUUCGUAUCCGAAGAACCCAGCAUUCAGUGCUAUCUCGAAAGUUUGUGGAAGUCAUGACAGAAUAUAACGAAGCACAGACUCUAUUUCGGGAGCGAAGCAAAGGCCGUAUACAGCGUCAGCUAGAAAUAACUGGAAAAACUACCACCGAUGAUGAGCUGGAAGAGAUGCUGGAAAGUGGGAAUCCCUCCAUCUUCACAUCAGAUAUUAUAUCAGAUUCACAAAUUACUAGACAGGCUCUCAAUGAAAUCGAGUCCCGUCAUAAAGACAUCAUGAAGCUGGAGACGAGCAUCCGUGAGCUACAUGAGAUGUUCAUGGACAUGGCCAUGUUCGUCGAGACUCAGGGUGAAAUGAUCAACAACAUAGAAAAAAAUGUUAUGAAUGCCGCAGACUAUGUAGAACAUGCUAAAGAAGAAACGAAGAAAGCUAUUAAAUAUCAAAGCAAAGCAAGAAGGAAAAUGAUGUUCAUUAUUAUCUGUGUAGUUAUUUUGCUUGUGAUCCUUGGAAUUAUCCUAGCAGCAACAUUGUCAUAGCAACUGUAUCCCAAGAGCCAUUUGUCCUUGGAGUCAGACCACAUCUGCAGCAAAUCAGCAUCCUCCCAUUUCAUGAAUGAGUCCUAGACAUUGUGACAUGUGGCAUUGAGUGCUGAUAUUUUAUUAGUGAAUUCAAGGAGAGAACACAACAGAAUGUAUUGUUCGGUGGAAAAAACAGAAUGGAUGUGAUGCAUUAACCCAGACAUCCUUGGACUAAAUAACACAGCACAAACAUUUAACAAUGUGAGACUUGUUUCAAUGGCCUUAAAAUAAGGAAUUAUUGAAAUUUUCAAUUUUUUUAUAUUUCAGUGUUAAAAAUAUGUAUGUGAAGUACAAUUAGGAAUAUCUUAUGUUAUGAAGCUGUUAGAUUUCAGGUCUAAGACUUUCUUCCCUCUCCCAGCUAACAUGCUCAUUAUGAGACGUUUUUGUACUAUGUUUCACUCAUGUUUGUUUAUGUUUGCAAAAAUUAUUUUUAUUAUCACAGAGCUGUUUUGUAAGAUAUCUAUAAGUUUAAAUGUUUAUAAAUUAAUUGUUUAAUAUAUUAACAUCUUCAUUUACUCUAAUUUUAUAUCUUAACUAUUGCCUUUUAAAAGAAAUAGGAAAAAAACUUCAUGAUAUUAGAGCCAUCUUUGCACAGUUGUUUACAGAGUUUGCCAUCGGCAUAGAAAACAUUGGUUGCAAAGUACCCCAAAAAGUCUUUCUAGUUCCUUCUGUUGAAAUUGAUUCAUAAGGUUCAAAUCUGCCCAGUACCCUCCAGGAAAAGCUUGAUAUCGUACUCAGCUUCCUUUCUACCUGUUCGAUUACCCGAGAUAAUAAAUUAGUUACUGCACUGUAAAGACAAUGGUCUCUGCUUUCAUUCAUUACAAAAUAAGGUUUGUGUUUCCCUGUUCACACUAAUAAAGUCUGAAUUUAAGAUGGUGAUAAAAUCAAAUUUUAAACUAAAGGGGAUUAUUCCCAGACAUUAAGUCACUCUUUUAAACUGUUGUGCAGAUCACCUGAAUGUUCUUGUUACGUACCUACUAUUCUGCUGAACUUUAAAAGUUAAUUCUCAAAGUUUACAGGAAUCCGUAAUUAACAUUUGUAUUACUUCUUAAUUUUUUAAAAUUAUAAUAUGCUUUAUAUUUAGACUGUAAAAUGUACAAAAUCUUAUUAGCUAAUGGGCAUCUAUAUGAUAGCAAGUAGUCAAAACUUUAAAUGAAUAUGUGAAGGAUAUUCAAAAUAUAGUUAUCUCUUGUUACUUCUGUAUGUGAUUGUGUAAGCUCAUGACUGUAACUUGACAUUGUCUGGCUUGAAAACUAAUACAUAGACAUGCCUGAUUGCAAGCUGUAAGUGUGAAUUACAGAACCAUUUAGAAGCCGCGCUCCCUCUUGAAUACAUUUAUGAAUUCCAUGCGUUCAUACUUUAUACAUCUGACUGCUUAGCUCAGAGUCAAGUCCGUAUGUGUGCAUUUUAUUUUCUUGCUGGUCAUCACUGUGUAGUCAGGAUUCCUAUAGGAAUCUUCUGGCUCCAACAUAUAUGUUUCUUAAACAUAUAUGGGACGGACUCCCUGGUUGGUGCUUAUGUUGAUGGUAUGACUUGUCCUGAGGGAUUGAAUUAUCCAGAGAUCAUGCUUGUGUCAGUGUAACUUUUUUACAUCUGUCAACCAUAUGAUUAUGUGCACAUGUGGAGACACUUCAUGCUCCCCACGUGUCCCACUGUCGCUUCAAGUGAAGUCUUUCUAGCCCCCACUCCUCAUAGCAAUUCUUACUGUAUCUUUUCAAGACAUUCUUCCUGGAUUUGAAACACUUACUGAAUCUGUGUUUUAUAGUUGAAGUUAAAGAACUGCUUUUUGAUUUCUCCUUAAGAUGUGUAAGUCAUUUACCAGGUAACCCCUUUUGUAUAUCUAAGCCUCAUGUACUUAUUUGACAUUGGAUUUUUAAAAAUACAUAUACAGGUUCACUUGUUACUUUUUAAAUCAUUUCUUGAAAUUUCAUGUUUACAUUAAAACAAAAAACUCAAAGGAACCCCAAAAAGAAAUAUUUUGCUUUCUGCCUUGUUCAUUUCUAGAAAGAUUUGGGGGGAGAUAUUUUAUUGCAUAUCCAUAAAUAAAUUGUUACAAGAA